AUGGCCUACCUGUGCAACUCCGAUUUCCGUCCACUCUUUCGCCUGCUCGAUGACUACGAGACCCACCGUUCCCGCCCCACUCCCUCUCCAUCGCGCUUCACCCCAGCUUUCGAUGUACGCGAGCUGACCGAUGGCUAUUACCUCGACGGGGAGUUGCCCGGAGUGGACCAGAGCGGAAUCGACAUCGAGUUCAGUGAUCCGCAGACACUGGUCAUCAAAGGUCAAACUCAACGCUCCUACCAAAACGAGAAGGAAAACACCGUCUCCCCGCGUCGCGCUCGCCGGUGGCGCCAGCCUACUGUCGAGGAUGAGGAAGCCGAUUCUAUCGACACCGACACCGACGCAGACACCGACACCGUCGGCUCCGUGACGUCGACUGACCGGGCCCAGCCAUCCUUCCACUACUGGGCUUCGGAGCGGUCAAUCGGCGAGUUCCAGCGGACCUUCACCUUCUCAACUCGUGUCGAUCAAAAUGCAGUGCGCGCCAGCCUGAAGAACGGCAUCUUGUCAGUCGUCGUACCCAAAGAGACUGCGCCCACGACGAAGAAAAUCCGCAUUCAAUAA